AACAACACUAGGAGAUUCUUAAAAAAUUCUUGCCAAUUAGAAGUUCGAAUUUCUUUAGCUUAUUUAGUUUAUUGAUUGUGUAAUUUAAUGCGUGUAUAAGGAACCCCGGCACACAAAUUCAUCAUAGCAAUGUAUACAUUACGGCAUCUGCGACUUCAGAGUGGGAAACAUUUCCUUAACUCUUAUGCGACAAUCAAAGCAACAACAACAAAACACAUGCUGCUUGCUAAAACAACAGCUGAGCCGGUUACAUCGCGUGUUCUAAUGGGAUUUCCAAUCCGUGACCACCGGGAGAGGCAAGACAAGCUUCCACAACUUUUACUCCAGAGCCAGUUGCGACAUGGAAGUACAAAUGCCUUGCCGAAAUCCCUGGUGGGUCAACUAACCGACGCCACAAAGCCAUAUGCACAACUGAUGAGAAUCGAUCGACCUAUUGGCACUUAUUUGCUGUUCUGGCCCUGUGCCUGGAGCAUAGGUUUGAGUGCCAAUGCCGGCUGUUGGCCGGAUCUUACGAUGUUGGGUUUGUUUGCCACUGGAGCAUUAAUUAUGCGUGGAGCCGGCUGCACUAUAAACGAUCUUUGGGACAAAGAUAUAGAUGCCAAAGUAGAACGAACUCGAUCUCGGCCAUUGGCCUCUGGAAAAAUUAGUCAAUUCGAUGCCAUAGUUUUUCUUUCAGCCCAACUUAGUUUGGGCUUGUUGGUGCUUGUGCAGCUGAAUUGGGAGUCCAUUUUGCUGGGUGCCAGUUCACUGGGUCUCGUUAUUACCUACCCUCUAAUGAAGAGGGUCACCUACUGGCCACAAUUGGUUCUGGGUAUGGCCUUCAAUUGGGGCGCACUACUAGGAUGGUGUGCCACCCAAGGCAGUGUUAAUUUAGCCGCUUGCCUGCCUCUCUAUUUAUCGGGUGUAUGUUGGACAAUCGUCUAUGAUACCAUCUAUGCCCAUCAGGAUAAACUGGAUGACUUACAGAUCGGAGUUAAGUCAACGGCUUUAAGAUUUGGCGAGAACACCAAAGUUUGGCUAUCAGGAUUCACGGCGGCCAUGCUCACGGGACUCUCAGCGGCAGGUAUGGCAUGUGAUCAGACUUUGCCUUACUAUGCAGCGGUUGGCAUAGUCGGAGCUCAUCUUGUGCAGCAAAUCUACUCACUCAAUAUUGACAACCCCAGUGACUGUGCCAAGAAAUUCUUCUCCAAUCAUCAAGUGGGUCUCAUUCUUUUCCUUGGCAUCGUUCUAGGCACCCUGCUAAAGUCCAAGGACAACAAAAAUCAGCAUCAGAAUGCAUCUUUGACUUCGACUUAUAUGCCACUAUCUCAGAAUACGGAGGUAAUGAGCUGAAGGCGAUCUGAAACAAGCUUAACCGGUUAACAUUGAGCAACAAAAAUAAGCGAAGUCACAUUAGACCAAAGUCUGUAGUUAGAGCUAUUAAUUUUAAUGUCUUUACUAUGUGUGUAUAUAUAGAAUGACUUCAAUGUA